CUACUUGCCACUAACGUUUGAAGAGGACCUCCACAGUCACCAAGUUAAUAAAGCUCACAAUGGAAAACACUGCAAUCACACACCGAAUCAAUCAAGGGAACCUUUCUCUAACUCGUCAUUUUUCCAGGUAUUCACCACAUAAAGAUCCCCUUGACUUCUCAUCAUCUGCAUCGCCGACGAUCAACCCACCAUACCACAAGCUUUCCGAUCUGCGGACGAAGAACACUUAUUUGUUCAUGCAGCUCCAUGAUUGCUCAUUCCGCCCUUACGACCUUCCAGGGUUUGAUAUUGGUAUGGAUCGUGGAGAUUCAUCAAUGCACCCGCCGUGCUCCGACUGUUCACAAGAGUCCAUGAAUCAAUGCAAAGAAGUGGCAUGCCCCAUACCAGAGAUGACCUCGCAGUGCACUGAUCAGUGUGUCGUCGUCGCCUGUACCGAUCCCACCCACCCUGAGCCCAGUUGCCAUGUUGCUGAUGGUGACAUAAUCUGCAACAGCGCAUGCCUCCCUGAUGAGGACUGCGGCAAUUGUUCUGGUCUUGAAGAACUGCUGCAAUGCUGCACCGACUAUCAUUCUUAUCUGUCCCAGCCAAAGUCCCUUGACCCAAGCCUCACACAGUUGGAUUGGAACCCACAGUCAACGAAUGAUUUGUGUGGAUGCAACGAGAGCGACUACAGCGGACAACAUGUGUCCCAAUUCUUGCCAGAACACAGUGACAUAGCCCGGCCUUUGUAUGACGCAUCUCCCGAAUGCACAGUGUCAUCUACUAGCUCAGCGUUUUCUUCACCCCACAUCCCCCAGGCAGCGACUCAAUUUACACCUGUUGGCCUGCCACGACACCUACCGCAGUUCUCACCACAUAUGUUUACUUGUUUGUGGGCGGACUGCAGGUCUACGUUCCCGUCACUUAUGGAGCUAGUCGGGCACGUCAACUUGGACCAUCUCCGCCCCCAAAAUUUAACGAAGGAAUCAGCCCCUCAGCAGGUAUGCUCAAACGUUUUCCAGAAUCAACAAUUCGACCCCGACGCUUUGUCAUGUCACUGGGGAGAUUGCGCUAUGUUACCCUGUACAGAAUCGAUUUCAAGCUCUUCGACAACUGCAUUUACGAAUACUGUCCUUGACGUUCUUACUACGCAUUUGAUGCAAGAUCAUCUUGGUAUCAAUUACUCCUCCUUCCCGCAAUCGACGACGGUGCGCACUACACCACCACCGAAAACACCUCCAACUCGCAUGGAAAAUAUUACCCGUGACGAAUCACCCACAGACGCCACUCCUUAUCCUUCACCUCGGCACAAGUCUUAUUCGCCAGACUUCCCGUCCACAGACACCAUCAAACCCUGUAAAUGGAGCGGGUGCACGCAAUCAUUCUCUUCUCCUGAUGAUCUUACAAACCACAUCCUCUUUGCCCACAUCGGCAGCGGUAAAGCGCACUACGAGUGUUGCUGGGAGGGCUGCUCUCGGAAUGGCAAGCAAGGAUUUUCGAGUAAACAAAAAGUCGCGCGGCAUAUGCAGUCGCACACAGGACAUAGACCAUUUAAGUGUAAAAUCUGUAAUGCACAUUUCUCGGAAACGGCUACGCUGCAGCAGCAUAUGCGGAGGCAUACCCAAGAGAAGCCAUACGUCUGCGAUUUCCCCGGGUGCGGCAAGGCGUUCGCUAUCACGGGUGCACUGACGAUUCACAAGCGGACGCACAAUGGCUUCAAACCGUUCAAGUGCAAGUAUUGCGAGAAGGCCUUCGCUGAGUCGUCGAAUCUGUCAAAACAUUUACGAACACAUACGGGUGCACGCCCUUACCCCUGUACUGAGAGUGGCUGUGGAAAGUCUUUUGCGAGGCCGGACCAACUUGCGAGACACAUGAGUGUACAUAGAAAGAAGGACUUAGCCUAGACUGGUCUGACUGGGAGCGGCAUGAACACUUCAUGAUAAAUUUAUUUAGUUACUAUGUAUCUGUUAUGUUGAGUUCAAGCUUCUUUUAUACAACAACAGUAGAGC